GACGGUAUAUUACUUCUUUCAAAUAUUAAUUUUUUCUUCCCAAGCUAUAUUAAUAACUCGAUCCAAAAGUUUUCACUUCUACACCCCAAAUGUUCUCAAAUUGACCAUUUCCACCCCCUAUCAAUCUCCAAUUAAACCCAUUCCCACCGGAAUAAAAUCAAACUUUUAUCAUCAACCAAUCAACCACCAUGAACCACCACAAUCACCACCGUCAACCACCACAACCACCACAACCACCAUCAAUAGACCAUCAAAUAGCAACCCAAAUCCUCAAACAAACCACCACUAUCUUCACCUCCAACCUCCUCCUUUUCCUUCUCCUUUCAUCCCUAAUCCUCACUUUUCGUUCCAAUGUCGAAAAUGGGACCCACUAUCUCACUUCAUUCAUCGAUCGUGACCCUUCUCUCAAAUCCCUAGUAUCUCGUAUUGACCUCCUCUCCGCCAGUACUCAAACUCAACACCACCACCACCUACGUCGUGACCUCCGCCGUCAUCGCCGCCGCCCUUUCCUUCACUUAUCCCGUGUUGGUACCCUUGAUGAUGAUUUCUUCUCCGGUGAUUCGGACCUUGACAAAUCACUAUUUCAUCCUAACCCUAAACCUCAGCCCAAUUCCACUUUCCUAAUUCUUUCCGAUUUUGACCCUAAUUUAGGGUUUUCAAAUCAUAUUAUUGAUAAUGGGAUUUUAUUCCCUCAAGCAAUUCGUAAUGGGCUUGUUUCUUUCAAGCCCCCUUUAGAAAAAGCCCAAAAUUUGACCCAUCUUGAUAAUAAUCCUGAAAAUGAAAAUGAAACUGAAAAUGAAAAUGGGGUUGUUGAUUUGCAGUUCUUAAUAAAGGGUCUUGAAUUGGGUCGCCGUGACGCCACGGCAUUGUUGUUUCUUGUUAGUUUGUUAUCAGCUGCUUAUGCUUAUGUGGUGUUGGCUUUUUUGGUUACUUACACUUGGGUUCAUGGGAUUAUUUUCUUGCAAGUGUUGGAUAAUGUGUUAGGGAAUUACAGGUCAAUUUUUAGGACUGCUUGGGAAGGUUCUAAUUUGGGGUUAAGAAGGCUUUCUGGGUUUGUUUUGAUGAGGUGGGCAGUUAGGGAUGCUUUAGCUCAGCUGUUGGGUAUUUGGGUUUUUGGAGAAAUUGAGGAUCAAUAUGUGUUUUUUAAGGUUUUUGUGAGGAUGAAAUUGAUGCCCUUUUCGGAUGUGGCGCCGUGGGUUACAGGGCAUGAGAAGGAAAGCUUGUGUUUUGUUGUCUCGUGGUUCUUGGUGGAGUUGGUAGUGGGGUUUAUUUUUGCUGUCGAUUCUUGGGUUUCGAUUGUGGACUCGAGGAAAAGUGGUAGAGAAGUUGUCAAAGAAGGUUGUCGUUUGUUGGGUAUCAUGGUGUAUCCUGCUAUGGGGAUCAAGUGCUGGGAAGUUUUGGUUUGUGGGUCGUUUACGAGAUGGAUAUUGGGUCGAAUAUUUGGAGAAGUGUUUGCACUGGCAUUUCAGUCUGUUAUGGAAGUUUAUUUCAUGGUAGCUUGGUUAAUAUUUUACUUGGCUGCAAGGCGUAGGGAUGCCUCUGCAGUUGGGAGGACAUUUGGACGAAGGGAAUUGGAAGGCGUCCUCGAGGGCGUGAGAUGAUACUAGGUGGGAAUUUGCUAAAGAUUCAUUCCCUUGCCUUAGUGUUACGUCAAAAGAAGCUUUAACUGGAUGAACUUUCGCGCUGAUGGGGUAAUCCUUAGUGUUUUGAUGUUCAAUGCUUCAAAAUUGUGAGUCAGCACGGCAUUGUUUAGGAAGUCACCAGCUGCACUUUGUAUGUACUCUGUCCUGAGGCAAUAUAUGACUUGUAUAUUUCAUGGGAAUACUUGUUGACUAUUCCACGUCCAUUUCAAGUAUAUGCUUUACCAUACAAUUCUUUCAUGGUGAUGCAACUUGAAAACUAGUUGUAAUUGUUGUAUUUUUGCUUUUACCAUAAAGGGUAAGAGAUUUAAGGGAGCCCUCCUCUUCUUUCUUA